GGCCAUUGUUACCAACUUCGUCGUCAUUGAGAUCGUCGGCCAACAAGUAGUCCUCCUUCUGAACUAUCGCAGUCUCACGACGACAAUCUAGCACUCAUCCUCGAGCACGCAGACACCAAGCACACGGCCUUCAGACCACCCGGAGCUAGGGAAAUCAAGUCGCAGACGACAGUGUCGCAGGCCCCAGAGCUUCAACAUUUCACCGGAGAUAUUCCAGGUUGAGAACACUGAAAGCCGCCGCGCGCUCCGCCACGGCCGCAAAGGAGAUGGAGCCGCUGAGACUCACCCCCGCAGCUCGCAUCGGCUCACCGAACCAUUUCCAAAAGCCAACGGCAUUCCACGUCGAGAUCGCGGCCGUAUCAUCAAGCAGCAUCAGCCAGUCAUGGCUGCGGCUCUCGCCUGUUGAACGCGAUACGCCCACAACUAAGCAACAACCCGCCGGUCGGCCACCACAGACCAACCCAGAUGGCCAACGGGCCCCCAUCUCAGUCGACCCGAAAGGGACCCUUGAGAGAAGCCAACUCGAAGAGUACACCACGGCCACCACUCCCACUGCUACAACGACGACCGGCGCCUUUCCCACAAAUUCUGAGAUGCCGCCACAACCACCCGGAAAUCUCUUGAAGCUCCCCACACUGUUGUUGCCGAGCGAAGCCGGCGAAGCUAGCGAGGCCGAUCCCGUCGACUCGCUCGAGACCGUCCAGUCGGCGCCGGUCCCAACGCCCGGUGAGCACCCUGCAGCGGCCGAAGCGGACGCCUCCCGCCCCGCGCCGCCUCCCGUAGCCCUGAAGAAGUUCACCCUCCGCGAGGUUGCGCUGCACAACCACGCCAGAGACUGCUGGAUCGCGAUUGACAACGACGUGUACGACUGCACCGACUUUGCAGUCAAGCACCCCGGUGGUGCCAAGAUCCUGCUCGGCGUCGCCGGCAAGGACGCGACCAAGAAGUUUGACAAAUACCACCGCCGGUAUCUGCUGGAGAAGUACAAGCCGGCGCUGCGGGUCGGAGUGCUUGACGAAAUCCCCUUGUUCCUGGCGUCGACAUUAUCAGUCAAGACCAUUUCCAUCCACGGCCCGCAGAUCACGCAGGGCAUUGAUGGCGUGGCAUGUUACCCAAAGCUUUUGCUGAUUCGCACAAGUCACGAAGAACCAGGAUUGACGGCACAUCGGGGCCGUGGCCGCUCCCACGUGCCUUGCCAGUGGAGGCCGGCUUCGAAUGACGUUGCAAUCAUCAUCGUCACCGACGGCGACACGUUCAGGCCCGCCAGGUUGGGAUCGUGGCACUUGAAAAAGGCCAUGACACCCCAGAUCGUUUUGCUCUCCUUGCUCCUCACGCGAGCAGCAACCGCCCAGCCGCCACAACAAGUCAUUGCGGCCUUGACAAGCCUGCAGAGCGGAUACCAAGACCCCAUCACCACCAACAUGCUGCCGCCCUUCUCGCCAGUCCAAGCUCGGCCCGUGAGCCCUGCCGUCCACAAAAUGGCGGUAACAGCAGCGGCACUCGCCUCGACAAUCCUGGCCUCGCCUGCUGCUGCUGCUGCUGCGGCGCAGACCGUCGACCUCAACUGGUACCCGCCGAGCAGCUCGCAGAUCAACAACCUCACGGCGGCGCUCGACCCGGCCAACGCGGCGUACGGGUUCAUCUUCAAUAGCUCCCAGACGCCCGCUGGAGUGGACUACUCGACGUACAACUGGUGCAACAUGCCCCAUGCGCGCAAGACCGAGUAUGUCGUACCGCCAAAGGGCCAGUACGUCCUCAAGUACGUGGAGGUGGUAAGUCGACUUAUUAUCAACUACAAGCCUGGACCCAUGAUUCUCUGGUUCCAUUCUCUCGUUCCCAAGGCCAUCCAAACUAACACCUCCCGCUUCUCUAUGCAGAUGCAGCGCCACCACAAGCGCACGCCCUAUGCGAGCAACUCCUUCCCCGUCGAGCCUUACCCGUGGAACUGUGACGACCAAGGCCUGUUCUACUACGGCGCGCCCUUUGGCGAGUCCAGUGAUGGUCCACCACCCGGCGGACCCAUCCGUCCGCCCCGUCCACGCGCCGCUCCGGCUCCGGCUCCCGGCGGUCCGUAUCCGGCAGGUCCACCAGGACACCACCACCAGGACCCAUCUCAUCAGCCCGCCGCCGCCUUUUGGCGCGGCACAAUCUCCCCGAUCAAUCCGUUCACCCCGAAAGGCUGGCAAGGCACGUGCCAGUUCCCGCAGAUCACCGCGGGCGGGCUGGACGACAGCUUUGUCCACGGCCGGGACCUGUACGCAGUGUACCACGACCUGCUCAACUUCCUCCCGGCCACGACCAAGUCCCCACGCGGCGACGUCGCCUUCCGCGUGACCAACAACGUCAUCACCUCGCAAGUAGCAGGCAUGUUCAUCGGGGGCAUGUUCCCCUCGCUCACCGCGCAGGCCGUCCCGCUCCUCAUCCAGGCCACGGGCAUCGACUCGCUCGAGCCGCAGUACUCGUGCCCGACCGCGUCCUCGCUGUUCAGCAGCAUAAAAUCACCGGCCAAGAACGCCCGCUGGGCAGAGCACCUGGCCCGCGCUGCGCCGCUGUACGCCCAGCUCGACCCGAUCGCGGGCCUGGAUCCGAACAAUGACAACCUGGGCUUCCACGCGAGCUUCGAUCAUUACUAUGAUAACCUGUCCGCGCGGCAGUGUCAUGCAAAGCCGUUCCCGUGCAAGGCUGGUGGGCAGCAGGGCACAAGUCCUGCACAGCAGUGUGUGACCCAGGCCCAGGCCGAUGCCGUGUACAGGCUCGGCCAGUGGGAGUACUCGCACAUCUACCGCGAUGCCGGGCCCGAGACGCUGGCCGCGAGCGCGGCGAGCUUGGGCGUCUGGAUCGCCGAGCUGGCGUCGCACUUGCGGGGCAAGAUGGAGGGUACUGGGAACGGGGACGGCCUGCUGUAUCUGCACAACUUUGCGCAUGACGGGUCGACCAGCCGGCUGCUCAGUGUGCUUCAGAUCGACCACAUGGUCUGGCCGGGGAUGGGCGCAGAGAUUGUGUUUGAGCUCUGGCAGAAGGUCAAGACUGGAUUGUGGCAUGUGAGGGUCCUGUUUGGCGGAAAGGUGCUCAGGUCGUCAAACCCCAGUCUCGGUCUCAUGGACAUGUUGCCCGCCGAGACGCUGCUGGCUUAUUUUGAUGGGCUGGUGGGCAAGAACGCCAGCCUCGUCCGGAGCAAGUGCGGUGCUUAGAUUCGGGGCGCCGCUGAAACGCAAGUCGCGC